AUGGUUUCAGAAAAGAGAAAUACAUUUCUAGACGCUGGCGACAGCGAGGAGGAGGACGACGGCCACUACGAGUCCGAGGCUGACGAGGUGCAGAAAGGCGGCCGUGGCACCAAGCGGAGGAGACUGGAAGACGACGAUGACGAUGACGACGACGAGAGCAGCGACGAUGAUGCCGAUAUUGACAUUGACGAUCGGUUUCAAUUCAGAAACGAGGAGGAUGAUGCUGGCGGCAAAAAGGACGCAGGAGACGAGGCGUCUGCUCGGUUAAAGAAGCAGCGCAAGGACACAAAACGGGCCAAACGAGACGACAGCGACGAAGACGAAGACGAAGCGGCCGGAGAGAAGGCCGACGAGGCCGACGACGUACCGCGGAAAGAUAAAAAGACGUCCAAACUUUCAAAAAAUUCGUCCGCCAAGGACGGUGACGCCGCCCGCAUCGAGCUGCCCGGUGUCAACAAACCCCUCACCAAGAAGAACCUGGUGGCGUCCGAAAAGGCCGUCCGUCGCUCCGGUGUUGUCUACCUCUCCCGCAUCCCGCCAUUCAUGAAGCCCGCCAAGCUGCGCUCGCUUCUCAGCCCCUACGGGACCAUCAACCGCAUCUUCCUGUCCCCCGAAGACCCUCUGUCACACACCCGUCGUGUCCGCGGCGGCGGCAACAAGAAGCGCUCCUACGUCGACGGCUGGGUCGAGUUUGUCGACAAGGCCGAUGCCCAACGCGCCGUGGACCUGCUGAAUGCGCAGACGAUUGGCGGCAAGAAGGGCACCUACUACCGCGACGACCUGUGGACGCUCGUCUACCUGCGUGGCUUCAAAUGGCACCACUUGACUGAGCAGAUUGCAACGGAGAACGCGGAGCGCGCAGGCCGCAUGCGUGCGGAGCUGGAGCAGACGGCGCGGGAGAACAAGGCGUUCUUGGAGAACGUGGAGCGCGCGAAGAUGCUGGACGGCAUGGAGGCGAAGGCGGCGGCCAAGGCCAAGGCCACCAAGGCGGCGGCAGCAACAGACGACGCCGCAGAAGCACCGGCAGCAGCACCAUCCACGGCGGCGCCUGCAGCUUCACAAAAGGGCGUGCGGUCGAUCAAACAGAAGAAGAUGGUGGCAAGAGCCGACGAAGGCGAGCAGUCGGAGCACGUCCAAAGAGUGCUGAGCAAGAUUUUUUAA